GCUUUACAGAAUUUGAACGACUUAAAACAUGAGCUAAUUUUAUCCCUAAUCUAUCCCCAAUGAGCAAGCCUGUGGCGACGGUGGCAAGGAAAAACUCCCUCAGACGACAUGAGGAAGAAACCUCGAGAGGAACCAGACUCAAAAGGGAACCCAUCCUCAUUUGGGCAACAACAGACAGCCUGACUAUAAUAUUAACAGUUUUAACAGGUAUAAACCUCAACUGUCCUCAUGGGGCCGUCCUUCACAGGAGCGGUGCGAUAAAACUCCGACCAGACACAGGGCACCAGGAUGGAUCAAGCAGGUCCGAGGGGCAGAAGAGGCCAGCAUCUCAAUCCCAGGAUGAACAUGACAGCAUUCUACGCUGCUGCAGGCUGGAAGGAAAUGGAGGCUUAAUAAGAAUCACUGCUUACACAGGAGACUCAGUACUGCUGCCCUGCUCCUGCACUGACCUCCAAACCACACCUGAGACAUUCAAAUGGGAGAAACUCACAACAAAUGAAAUGAAAUGGGUAAAGAUAUCUCCUGGGAGUGAUCAGUACAAAGAGAGAUUUCAGCUGGUUAAUGAUCGCUCUUCAGGAAAUCUCUCUCUGCUCAUAUCAACCCUGACUGAAGAGGAUGGAGGAGAUUACUGGUGUAUUGUUAAAGGGAUUCAAUACACAGAUAUCAGACUCACUGUUAAAGACGCACCGACAAAACCUUCAACAUCCGCACCAGUGACCACAACAACUUCACCUCAUUCCAAACCAGAUAUUGAAGUCUCUCCAGAGCAUCUUCCCUACAUCCCCUUUGGCGUAGUGACUGUGUUCUUUCUGCACAUUAUCGUGGCUGUGGUCUAUUACACCACCAGAAAGAAAGGUCCUGUUACAGUUCAUUACAGCAGAGCUGAUGGAGAUGGAACAGUGAGUCUGUAGUUGGGAACAACAUCAACAGAAGAUACACAUGUUUGACAGCAGCAACAAUUCUACACACGAUUAAAAGACCAUAUAGUCACCAACACACCUGCAUACACAUUCACUGCCAUUGCUCUAAACCACAUUUUUUUAAGCAAAAUAGUUCACAUGCCAACUUUUUAGCAUGCUCAUAAAGAAUUAAAUCAUGCUCACAUGAUGUCAGUGGUUGAGUUUAUUGCCAUGGGGUUUAUUGCUCUAUUUUGCCCCCUAGUGGAAUAACAGCCAUGUUUUCCUCAUCUUUCAAUUCAAUUCGACAAGAUGAUUUUAAUUCAGAACACUGAUUAUCAAUUCAUUCAUUUGACCAGAUUUUACAUUUAUCCAGGACCGGCCUUAGGAUUUUAUUGUAUGUAUUAUAGCUAAUCUUUCUUUUUUCAUUCACAAAUUAUUCUUCCCCACACUUUUCCAUGUUCAGGUUGAUACAUUGUCUUGCAAAAAAGUAUUCAUCCCCCUUAGUGUU